AUGGAGUAUGAUUGUUGUAAGUAUGUGCAAAAAUGUCAAGUGCACGUUGAUUUGAUUCGAGUACCUCCUAAAAAACUCAAUGCUAUGAGUUCUUCUUAUCCAUUUGUGGCUUGGGGUAUGGAUAUAAUUGGUCAAAUAGAGCCAGACACCUCUAAUGGACAUAUUUUCAUUCUAGUUUUCAUUGAUUACUUUACCAAGUGGGAGAAAGCAGCCUUGUAUAAAUCAGUUACGAAGAAGGUAGUAGUAGACUUUGUGCGUAACAAUUUGAUAUGUAGAUUUGGAAAACCAUAUUCUAUCAUUACUGAUAAUGGAGCAAAUCUCAAUAGUCAUUUGAUGAAAGAGAUAUGUGAGCAAUUCAAGAUUAAUCACCGAAACUCAACUGUGUAUCGUCCUUAA